UGGUUGAUAUCCCAGCAAAUUCCCCAGUUUGAAGAUGUUAAGUUUGAGGCAGCCAGCCUUCUGUCUGAACUGUAUUGUCAGGAGAAUUCAGUGGAUACAGCAAAACCUCUGUUACGCAAAGCCAUUCAGAUUUCACAGCAGACUCCGUACUGGCACUGCAGAUUGCUUUUUCAACUUGCACAACUACAUACACUUGAAAAAGACUUAGUAUCAGCAUGUGACCUUCUCGGAGUUGGAGCAGAAUAUGCUCGGGUGGUAGGAUCAGAGUACACCAGAGCACUGUUUCUGCUAAGCAAGGGGAUGCUCCUUCUAAUGGAACGAAAGCUGCAGGAGGUGCACCCUCUCCUUACUCUUUGCGGACAGAUAGUUGAAAACUGGCAAGGAAACCCCAUCCAGAAAGAAUCGUUACGCGUAUUCUUCUUAGUCCUGCAGGUCACGCAUUACCUGGAUGCUGGGCAGGUGAAAAGUGUGAAGCCAUGCCUGAAACAGCUUCAGCAGUGCAUCCAGACCAUAUCCACGCUGCACGAUGAUGAAAUUCUGCCCAGCAACCCUGCUGAUCUCUUUCACUGGCUGCCCAAGGAACACAUGUGUGUGCUUGUCUACUUGGUGACAGUGAUGCAUUCCAUGCAGGCAGGUUACCUGGAGAAGGCUCAGAAGUACACAGACAAAGCACUCAUGCAGCUAGAGAAGCUAAAAAUGUUGGACUGCAGUCCUAUCUUGUCAUCUUUCCAAGUUAUUUUGUUGGAACACAUUAUCAUGUGUCGGCUUGUCACGGGGCACAAAGCCACAGCAUUGCAGGAGAUUUCACAAGUCUGUCAGCUCUGCCAGCAGUCUCCCAGACUGUUUUCUAAUCAUGCUGCCCAGCUGCACACUCUAUUAGGGCUCUACUGCAUUUCUGUUAAUUGCAUGGACAACGCAGAAGCACAAUUUACUACAGCACUGAGGCUCACUACACAUCAAGAACUGUGGGCAUUUAUUGUGACAAACUUAGCCAGUGUCUAUAUCAGGGAGGGCAACCGACAUCAAGAGCUUUACAGCUUAUUGGAAAGGAUAAAUCCAGACCAUAAUUUCCCUGUGAGCUCUCACUGUCUUCGAGCAGCAGCUUUCUACAUCCGAGGUCUGUUUUCCUUCUUUCAAGGAAGAUACAACGAGGCCAAACGAUUUUUGCGGGAGACGCUGAAAAUGUCAAAUGCAGAAGACUUGAAUCGAUUAACAGCGUGUUCUCUUGUACUCCUGGGUCAUAUAUUCUAUGUGUUAGGGAAUCACAGGGAAAGUAAUAAUAUGGUAGUACCAGCCAUGCAGCUUGCAAGCAAGAUACCAGAUAUGUCUGUGCAGCUGUGGUCUUCAGCUCUGUUGAGAGACCUGAACAAAGCCUGUGGAAACGCCAUGGAUGCACAUGAGGCAGCACAGAUGCAUCAAAACUUCUCACAACAGCUCCUCCAGGACCACAUUGAAGCAUGCAGUCUUCCAGAACACAAUCUAAUCACGUGGACAGAUGGACCACCUCCUGUACAGUUCCAGGCACAGAACGGACCCACCACCAGCCUGGCCAGUCUCCUGUGAAACAGAGUAACUAUCAGGACAGUGUGUUUAAAAAGAAAAAAGAAAAAAAAAAGAAAGAAAAAAAAGCCAAAAAA